AUGGUUGCUGAUUAUUAUCCCCUCGGUGAUGUCUUGGCUGUUGCCAGCAUCCAUCCGUUCUACUCGAAUGCCCAAUAUCCACCCACUCGCGAGGAACUGCCUGGUCUGCUUGAACAUAUCAAAUCCUCCACGAAACCCAUUCAAUUGGAAUCGUUUCCCCUUCUUGAUAAGAAAGAUUUAUACAAACAUAUCGGACGACUCACAGUGGAUGAGGAUUCGCGCAAUGGAUAUCGACGAGGCACGUACAUCAGCGUCACGGGUGGUGGCUCCGGUAGUGGGCCGGCUAUGGCCUUUGCGACGGAUUCGAGCGAAACUCGCCGCCAGCGAGCAGUAUUCGGAUGCUUUCUGCAUCGAUGUGGCAUCCUCGGACCGGGUGACUGGGUGUUGACUAUGCAUGUCUCCGGAAAGUUAUACCGGGCGCUUGAUCUCAUGACGGAGUUGUUUGAAAGCGCUGGAGCUACUGUUCUUUGUGCAUCGGACAACAUGCAGCUUGAGCAUAUCGUGACUGCUCUGGCGCAGUACCGAGUUAAUACCAUCUCUGGGGAUGCGGGGCAAUUGGUGCAGCUUGCUCGCUUUAUAAGCUCCCUUCCCGAAGAGACAAGGAGUGAUCUGAGAGUCACCAAAGCUGUCUACACGUCAGAGGCUAUGACCCCGGCUCAGCGGACUUUCAUGAAAUCGGUCUUUCCAGAUCUCGCUAUCAGCUCGGUCAUUGGCAGCGCUGAAGCCGGACCAUGGGGGGCCUCGACAGCAGAGAUGACCGAGAGCGCAAUGGAUAAGAACUAUGCAGACUUUCUUUUUGAUGAUCGUCUCAUGCAUUUGGAAGUGUUCUCUUUCGAUGUCGGUGAGCUAGACCGACACGAUGAUGAGCAAUCAGCGGCACCUGUUCCGAACGGCGAGAAAGGACUGCUAGUACAAACAUCACUGCAACGCCUGCGAAAUCCUCUGGUACGCUAUGUAUGUGGCGACGUGGCCUCCUUCCAUCCUCUACCAGACUCAAUCAAGAAAUCUCUUACACCCGAAGACGCUGAGCAUUACCGCGUCGUGCGCAUCUAUGGCCGUGAUCGACGUUUGAGCUUUGAUUGGUAUGGAGAGUAUUUUGAAUUCACACAGGUUCAGGCUCUCCUGCGGACGGAGUCCUGGGGAGUGCUACAAUACCAGAUCAUUCGGCGGCACCGAGACGACGAUGCCGAGCAGGUGGAAACAGUUUUGGAGGUUCGUCUCCUAAGGGAUGUCCAGAACAGCCAAACCAGCGAAGAGGAGAUCAGAGACAAGGUGGAGAGGUUCUUUGUGGUUUUGGACUGCAAUAGGGAGCUUUUCGAGCUCAAAUUUGUGACUGCCUACAGUGAAUUCAUACGGAGUACAACUGGAAGAAAGGUCAUCAACUAUGUGAAUCAGACCAGGGGAAAAGUUUGA